GGCAGCACUUGACACUUUUAGCAUGCACUCGUUGGCAGCAGCAACACCGGCAUGUCCUGAGCUUGGGUACAACCACAUACGCGUUAGUAGCCGCCGGGCGCAUAGGAAGUUCCCCAGGAUUGAAGCCAGGAUAACGUAGCAAGAUCGUCGCAUUCGCAGAGCAGCGUCGCUUGGUCAUGACAGGCGACGAUCCAGGCGACGCAUCGCAAGAAGGCGACGCAUCGUCCGGCCCGAGCGGAACAUCUGGCGAAACGAGCCUCGUCAGCGAAACGGAGUUACCAGUGGAGAAUAUAAGGGAAGCUCCGAGAGAGGAGGACAAGACAGAGAAGGCGGGAAAGCCGGGGGGGGGAACGGAACUAAAAUCUGGGGGAAAUUCGGAACUGAAAUUUGGGAAACCAAAGGAGAAACCGAGGGAGAAUUCGAGGGAGAAAUCGAGGGACGCUAAGGCGAAGGCAGGCGAAGCGGCGGCAAGUGCGGAUGACCUGCUGGACGCGUACUUAAAGCGAGUCAUCCACAAACGGAAAGGAGAAAAAGCGGCAAGACUCGCAUCAGGCGAAGGCACUUCGUUGGCAGGGCCGAGCGGUGCUGAGCGACCGCUUUCCGAGAAACUUUCAAAACAAAUAGCGGCGCCAGGAGAUAAGGAGCAAAGGCAUGGAGGCAGGGGGGAGGCUGGCGGGAGGGCGGCAGGGGCGGGGGAUGGUGGCGGAAGAAAAGGAAAGGGGAAAGGCGCGGGGCAGAAAGAACGGGGGGAGAUGGGCGCGAGCGGAAGCGGAAGCGAAUUGGUGGGGAGUGCGGAGGCAGGGAGGCAUGAGGUAGAGUCAAGUGCACACGAGCAAGCACGUAUGCGGAGAGACGAGUAUGGGGACACAGAGAGCGGCGCACAUAAAGACGGGCAUAAAGAGGCACGUAAAGAGGUGCAGCGACAUGCACAUAGGCAUGGGCUCGAGCAGAAAGGCAGAGACAGGAGCGGAGGGGAGGGGAAACGGGAGGAGGAGAAGGGAGGGAGGGAUGAAGGGGCGACGGAAGAAACGCCAGCCGCAGUUCCUGCAGCAUCCGCAGGGGAAGGCGUCGGGGGAGGAGGAGGCGGAGGGGGAAAAGGAGGCGUAGAGGGGGGGAGAUCAACAGGAGCACUGGCAGCAGAAGCAGAGGCAGCAACAGAAGGAGACGAGGGCUUGAGGGGUGUCGAGACACCCCAGGAGAGAAGCCCUGAGAAGACAUUUACAGAACCAGCUCUCACCGUCCCUCAGAGAGCAGGUUCGGCGUUCAGCACUCCGGAGAGGCUCGGGCCGAACCAAGGGCAGAGGGUCGGGCUGAGCCAAAGGGGAGGGUUGUUUGAGUCGCCUGAAAAGGAGGGGCUUGAGACGCCUCAGAAGCAGCGAGGGGGGGGAGAGAUUUCGGCUGAUGAACAUGCGGAUGAUGAGGGGAGUGAGGGAGGGAGUGAGGGAGGGAGUGAGGGGGGGAGUGAGGGGGGGAGCGAGGGAGGGAGUGAGGAGGAAGAGGAGGAGGAGGAGGGGGGGAGUGAAGAGGAGGACGAUGAUUUCGAUGAUGACGAUGACUACAGCACCACAGACAGCAGCUCUGAUUCAGACUAUACGGAUGAGGAGGAGGAGGACGAAGUGGGGAAGGAGGACACAGCCCGUAAUCUAGCAGCCGCCCAAGCCAAGGCGCAGCGCGCCGAAGCAGAGCGGGCGGCCGCCGAGGCGGCAGCGGAGGCUCGGGCGCGCGAGCGGGAAGAUUCGGCGGUGCGGCUGGCUCGGGCUGCAGUGGUGGAGAGGAGUCAGCUGGUGGCGAUGCUGGAGGGGGAGAAGCAGGAGGGGGAGGAGAGGAUGAGAGAGGCUGCAGAGCAGCACAGGAGGAAGGCAGAGGAGCUGCGAGAACGUGUGCGCAAGGGGUUCGAAGCCGCAGCAGCAGAGAGCCAAUCGCACGCCGCCACGCGCAAGGAGCGUGCGGCAUGGGAGGCGCAGUACGAGACGGAGGCGGCAAGUGGCAUGGCAGGGCUGGCAGCCGCCCAGAGAGCGCUGGAAGAGAAGGUUGAGCUGCUGGGCUCUGAUUGGUCGACAGUGCAGCGGUUGACCGAGGAGAUCGAGCGAUUGGAGGAGGAGAUUCAGCAGGGAGAGGAAGAGGCGGGGAGGAGAGACGAGGGGGGAGAGGAGGAGAGGGCAGGUGCGGCUGCACGAGGGGAAGCAGCGGCUAAUGCAGCAGGGGCUAAUGCAGCAGGGGCUAAUGCAGCAGCGGCUAAUGCAGCAGCAGCAGAUGAGCAAGGGGGGGCAGAGGGAGCAGGAUCAGCGGGGGGGGCAGAAGCAGGUAGUCAGGCUGCAGCACCGCCCGUCGGGCUGCUAGAGGGGACUCUGCGGCAGAGAAGAAAGGAGGUUGCCUUGCUGCGUCAGCAAGUGGAGGAUGCUGAGUCAGCAGCCGGCCGGCAACAAGUAGAAUCUGAGGCGGAAUCUGACCUCCUGACAAGGCUACAGCAGUUAACAGAGCGGCUUAUAAUGAAGCAGCAGCAAGUGGAGUCCCUACAAAUCGACAAGUCAACCCUCUCCCUCCGCAUCGAGACAGAAUCCGCCGCCCUGCAAAAGGACAAACACCGCCUGUCCACCUUCCUCAGAAGCGGACGAAACCUCGCCUCGGCAGCUGUCACUGCGCGCUUUCUCGCCAACACCCCAGGCCCGCUCGCUGCUGACCUGGCAGCUGCUGCGUCAGCAGCCGAAGCAAGGGCGUUGGAGGAGGGAGGGGAGGAGGUAGUGAUCGAGGCCGACCCGGGGUUUUCAAGAGAAGCCAUCUUGAACCGAUCGCGGAAAAUGACAUUGGCUCAGAGGGAUUUUGGGCUCGGGGCGACGGGGAAUGCAAUUGUGGUGGGUGUGGCGGACACAGUUUUGGGAUUUGAUUCUCUUUUCCUGGGGAGUGUGGGCGUGCUGCGGACGAAUGUGGUUGCGAGGACGAGCCUGUGGGUGUAUUUGGUGGUGUUGCAUCUCUGGGUGGCCUUUGUUUGGCUCAUGCAUUUUCCUUUCCACCAUCAUCCACACCAUGAGCAUGAUCAUGAGAUUCGCUCUGCUCGGCGGUGGUGGUAGUAGCACAUGGUACGAUAUGGGCUUUCCAUUUUUCUACUAGCGACGUCUCUUCGUUUUCAUUGUUUUGGCCCUUAUUGGAACAUGUUCCUACUUGCCUUUUGUUAC